AACGACGUGUGUCAGGAGGACUGGCUUGAGAUAUAUGAGGUGCUGUCCAGUGGUCGCGAAAUAAAAUACGGCAGAUAUUGCUGGUCCACAGCCCCGGGUCCUAUCAUUUCCGACUUCGGGGUCAACAGAAUGAAAGUAAUUCUCAAUACGGAUGAGACGGGUGUGUCGAGUGGGUUCAGUGCCAGCUAUACCUUCAUGGAUGGUGCCAACUCUUAUGGAGAUUGCGGAACUAAUAUAACCGGUGAAGAGAACGGUGUGAUAACAACUCCCAAUUACCCCAAUGGUUAUCUGGCACACAGACAAGUGUGUACCUGGUACAUUACCGUCCGGCCCCGUUAUAAAGUGCUCCUUUAUUUUGAAACAUUUCUAGUCGAAGGCGAGCCUUCAUCUCGUGGUUGUUCUGGUGCUGUAGUGAGGGUUUGGUUAGAUCUGAGUCAACAGCCCGUAGAGCUGUGCGGAAGUGAACUAAACAACGAAACCAUUCAAUUGAUUUCGACCACAAAUUUGCUCAAAAUUACUUUUCUUACGGCUCAAAAAGCUGUCGGUGCGAAAGGUUUCAAAGCAAGUUUCACCGAAAUUCGUGAUAAGGGCUCGACUUGCGAUCAAUUCCGAUGUGCUUCCAGUGGUUAUUGCAUUUCAGCCAAUCUUUACUGCAAUUCGAUCCCAAAUUGUGGUCAUUUCGACCGCUCAGACGAACUCAACUGCAAAAAAGUGGUCGAAAUCGACUUUGUAAUGAUAGGGUCGGGUGUGUGCGGGGCAGUAGUGCUGCUGAUGAUAGUGAUGUGCAGUCUGUGUCACCGCAAGAAGAAGCGAAGACGAAGCGACAGCAGUCUUACGGCUCAGUUGGAUAUCUCUCGACCCAAACCCCCGCAGUUCGAGAUCCCACCCUCUCUUCACUUCCUCCCUAUGGAUAGUGUAUAGCAUUGGGAGAGACAUCCCAUCGGUUGACUUCACUGUCUCAACAGUUUUGUAUAUAUUGUACACAAUAUUCACACCAAUUAUCAUAACUCUAUGUGUUGUCCAACACUGAGACUAACGAUAUGUCAAAGACUUAUAUAAAGUGUAUAAUAAUAUUAAUUGCCAUC